CUUUUGAUCAGUGUAUUAAGCUGAGCACGCUCUUCCACACACAUUCACACUCAGAAACAUAUACAGAGAGAGAGAAGAAGAAAAAAAGUAGUAUACAACUUUUGUGCCUCUUUCUCCAGAUCAUUGUUCUCUGAUUUAGGGUUUUUCAUAAACACUUGGGGGGGAACUGUGAGAAGAUAAUCGCCAUGAACAUUUUCAAGAAGAAGACUACUCCCAAAGAUGCUCUUCGCACCAGUAAGAGAGAAAUGUCUGUGGCUACACGAGGUAUCGAACGAGAGAUUUCAUCUCUUCAGCUGGAGGAGAAGAGACUAGUUGCUGAAAUCAAGAAAACUGCUAAAACUGGAAACGAGGCGGCGACAAAGAUUUUAGCACGUCAGCUUGUUAGAUUGAGGCAACAGAUUACAAACUUACAGGGAAGCCGUGCUCAAAUCAGAGGUGUAACGACUCACACACAGGCUCUGUAUGCCAGCACUUCCAUUUCUUCUGGUAUGAAAGGUGCAACCAAAGCUAUGGUUGCAAUGAACAAGCAAAUGGCACCAACGAAACAAGCCAAAGUGAUUAAGGAUUUCCAGAAACAGUCGGCACAGCUAGACAUGACGAUAGAGAUGAUGUCAGAGGCAAUUGAUGAAACGCUUGACAAAGAUGAGGCUGAAGAAGAAACAGAAGACCUCACUAACCAAGUUCUUGAUGAGAUUGGUGUUGGAGUCGCAUCUCAGUUGUCUUCAGCUCCAAAAGGUCGGAUCGCUACAAAAACCGCAGCUCCUCCUGCUACUACUACCAACAGCAACAGCUCUGAAUCAAGUGAAGUGGAUGAGCUUGAGAAGAGGUUGGCUUCACUGCGAAGAAUCUGAGAGUCAGCUUUAUGCAUCAUGUAUGAUUUAAGGAAAAGGAACAGCUUCCCUUUUUUGUUGCGUGUGACCUCUGUAUAAAUCUCAUAUAAACCCUUUCUCGUGCAAAAUUUGUUUCUCCAAAAUCAUUCUCUAUGUUUAAGUGAAUAAGCUUUCAGUUUACAGAGUUUGACAGACAUUGUGGUAA